AUGUUCCCACUCAUUAUCCUCGCCUUGGUGGCUUCGGUCACAGCCAACGUCAUCGUCGAUUCUCAGUGCCCAGACCCUAAGCCGGUUGAGAACUUCAAUUUUGCCGCUUUUGGCCAAGGAACGUGGUACGAAGUGGGCAGGUACCCCAAUAACGCUGAGAAGUCGGGCAAGUGCGGUCGUGCUGAGUACGAAUUAGAAGGCGAUUUCUUCAAAGUAAAGAACGUACACAUUGCCAACAAUAAGCUCGCUACUAUCGAAGGUACCGCGAAGCUCGCUGACGACGCUGAAAGCACUGGCAAACUUCUCUUCACCCUGCCCUAUGGACCAUCCGGCGCUGAAACUAAGAAUGUCUUAAAUAUUCUUGCAACUGACUACAAGAACUACGCUGUCGCCUACUAUUGCAAAUUCGACGAAGAUAAGAAGACCCGUCAAGACUUCGCCUGGGUUCUAUCCAGAACGAAGACCCUCGAAGACACCGUGAAGACUACCGUCGAGAACUUCGUUAAGGAAUCGACGAUACUCGACCUCAGCAAGUUCACCUGGCCAGACUUCUCUGAAGAUGCCUGCAAGGUCGAUGCCUAAACAUCGAUUUAAUUAGAUUUUAAC